AUGCCAGCUAUUGGCCCUGUGUCAUUUUCUCUCGUAUCACACACAUCCUUUAAGCUUGUAGCUUCAACCACAACCUCCACGGCCAAGCGAUCUUCAACUGCCAAGGCAUCUGGAGUCGACAUCAUGUCUGCCAAAGACAUCAACGACCUCGCCCUUAUACAGGGCGACCAUGACGCUCAGUCCUCCGUUGCGACCGAUGCCAUUCAGCACACCGUCUGCAACGGUACCGGCGUUGACAACCCGGGUGAUGGCGGCGCCGCCGCCGGAACUCCACCUGACACUAACCAUAGCACGGACACCCACGUCCCUAUGCUGGAUGUCAAGGGCGUUCCCGUUACUGCGGACACCCCUCGCGAGGACUUCGUGAGCCCGGCUGCCUACCUUGCUUAUUGUCUGCAGAGCUCACCUUUCUUCGCCAGCCCCACCGUCCAGGUCCGCGUUGGCAAGUCCACCGCGGGCGACCUGGUUGGCCCGGUCAACAUCGAGGUGCCCAAGAAGCUUCUCACGGAUGCUUCUCUGCCCUUCAAGUCCAUGCUGACCAGCCCCGUUUGGACGGAGGAGCGUACUGACGGCGUUGACAUUGCUGAGGAAUUCGACUUGAAGUCGGUCCUUUGUCUCAUCUCCACCCUGCAGGAUGGAGAUGCAGACGCCUCUUUUUGCACGCUUAUCGGUGCGUACGCCAUGGCUCAUACGUACGCAUUCGACGAGAGCGUGCAGUCCAUCUCGGACAAAAUCAAGCAGGCUCAUGACCUGCUCCAGUUGCGCUGGCUUGCCGACGCUCGCGCUGUUGCGAUGCACGCAGAGCGCACCGGCACGCUGCCUUCGGCGGACUACAACGCCCGUCAGAAGCGCCGUAUCGUCGACAUUUCCGAGGCUUGGGUUCGUGUCUCCGAGAUGGAGUAUGGCAUUCGCCCUGUUAAGGGUGAUGUCUUCGUCCAGCUCACCCUGGACCACUGCCCUCGCCCGGUCUUGCGCGAGGCGUUCCCAGACCUCGACAGCGACUUCAAGGAUGCCCUAUGCCUUGCCGCCCUUCAUCGCCUUCCUCAGUAA